AUGUCGCCCGAGCCCAUUGUUCACACCGUCUUCGAGAAGGUGACGGCCACAUGGCAGUACAUAGUGGCUUGCCCAGAGACCAAGAAAGCUGUCGUCAUUGAUCCGGUCCUCGACUUUGACCUUGGCACUUUGACUAUAUCCACCCAGUCGGCCGACGAGCUCCUACAACUAAUCCGGGAGCACGGCUACACCGUCGAGUAUCUGCUCGAGACGCACGCCCAUGCCGACCACCUCACGGCCGCCGCCUACCUACAGCAGCAGCUGCAGCAGUCGCAAGGCACGAAGCCGCCGAGAAGCACCGGUCACCGCAUUCGCCAGGUACAAGAGACAUUUGCGGGAACGUACGGCGUGCCUCGGGCGGAGCUGGACGCGGCGUUUGAGAAGCUAUUUUCCGACGACGAGGCGUUUGCCGUCGGCCACCUGACGGCAGUGGCGCUGCACCUGCCCGGCCACACGCCGGACCACAGCGGCUACCAGCUGGGCACCAACGUGUUUACCGGCGACUCCAUCUUCAACCCAGACGUGGGCACCGCACGGUGCGACUUUCCCAACGGCGACGCCGCCACGCUGUACCGCUCGGUGCAGACGCUGCUUGCGCUGCCGCCGCACUAUCGGCUGUACACGGGCCACGACUACCCGCCCGCGGACUCGGGCCGGGCCCCCAUGCCGUACGUGACGGUCCAAGAGCAGCUGGAGCGCAACAAGCACGUCAAGGCUGGAACGGACCGCGACGAGUACGUGCGCUGGCGCCGGGAGCGCGACGCUGGGCUCAAGGAGCCGCGGCUGCUGCACCCGGCGCUGCAGACCAACAUUCGCGGCGGGAAGCUCGUAGAGGCGAGUCCUGGCAGCGGAGUGACGUUUUUGUCGAUGCCUGUCCAGCUGCCGUCGCGAAUUUGA